UUUCACCGAUCCUAGCGAGUCCUCCACGUGGUUCCACGUUUUACUGAUAGCGCUUAUCUCAUUCUUAUUGCAAGUGUGGCGCUCUGAUUUGUAUCAGUCUAGUCACCAUGAGGCUCAUCGCUGCGGUUGUGUGCUCGCUCCUCGCCGUGGUCGCCGGCGAUCUGCAUGUUGUGGAAGACGUGCGACCCAUCCCGCACCAAGCGGCGCUCUUCGAUCCGAGCGGCCAGUUCUUUUGCUCCGGAGUCAUCCUCAGCGAGACCGCCAUCCUUACCGCGGGUCGCUGCAUCUUCUGGACCGAUGACAAUAUCGAAAUUCGAGCUGGAAUAGGCAAGCUGGAUCAGCAGGAUGAUGAUAUCCAGAAGAGAACCGUCAGCAAAGACAACCGAUUUCUGCAUCAGACCUACGACAUCCUCACUUCGGCCGAUGAUAUCGCUAUCAUUAAGCUGACCGAGCCACUGAAGCUCGUCGAAGGCGUCGUAGAACCGGUUCAGCUACCGGGAUAUCUCGACGAGCGAAUUGUCUGGGAAGGCAAAUCGGUCAACAUCAGCGGGUGGGGAAAGAUCGGGGACAAAACCUCUACGUACAAGAAUGAAAUUCAGAGGUCUCAGAUAAAGCUGGUGGACCUUGACCUAUGCAAGGUGGUAUAUGGCCACAACGUAAUCGGCGGAAACAAGCUCUGCGCGGCCAGCCACCUGCGGAAGCACCCAUGCACGGGUGAGCCAGGCGGCCCGGUGACGAUACACAGACAGAGAAGACCACUGCUGCUGGGGAUCGUCGCCUUCGGAAGCCCCAAGGGCUGCCACGAGGAGUGGCCCGCCGUCUUCACUCGAGUCACCGCCUACCUCAGCUUCAUCGAGAAGCACACUGGCAUAGAGCUCACAAAGAAAAUGAAAAAAGUGGAAUUAUAAAACGAAGAACGAUUUUAACAAUCUAACGGGAGAUUAAACUACCUCAGCCCCCAACGGAGGCCUCAUUUUGAAUUAAAAUGACUCAAUACUUUUUGUUA